AUGCGGUUUUGGGCUCGUGGUCGUCCGAAAGGGCGUCGAUUGCGAUUUGGGCGCCUCAUCAGUUGGAUGAUAAGGAAGACCGAUACGGAGAGAGCUUCGCCUAAGGUCGACAGCCGGAGCGAGGCUGUGGAAGUUGUCCCAAACUCACACACCGGCGAAGAAGCCCCUCCUCGGGGGAUGUCUGGGUUCGCCCUGCUCUCCUCGCCAGCAAUCGCAGUCGACGAUCGUCGUACUGACAACCCACACGGUCUAUUCCCCGUUUCCAUCGAUCCACCCGAUGAGAACCCGGCGGUGCUCAGCACGACCUUCCUCAUGCGCUGGUUCGACGAGAUUAUCAUUGAGCGGCGUGACUACGUCGAAGGGGUGCCGCGGCUCAUCAAGCAAGGAACCGAAGUGACGCUGGAAGAAGGCGAGAUUGCUCAUUGGGUUUGGAGGAACACGACUGUCCCAGUUCCUAAGGUCUGCCGCGUCGGUACCAACGGCGCGUUGCCUUGCGUCGAAUUCGAGUACGUCAAGGGAACCGAGAACCUCGACGACGCAUGGCCUACGCUCGAUCUUGCGGCGAAGAAGGCAAUAGGCGACGAGCUCGUUGAAGCAAUCAGGGCAACGCAGGACGCCCCCAGCCCCGCCCAUGGGCUGAUCGCCUCGUACCAACGAGAUCGCGCGUGCGGUUUGCGCGCAGGGCUGAGACCCGAAUGGCCGACCUACAGGCCAACAGCGUCGACAACCGAAUUCUUCGACUGGGCUCGCCAAUGCGCCCUGACCAGAGGGAUGUCGCCCGCGACCUGGGACUCGAAAAUCGCGCCGCACAUUCGCCUCGACACUCGCAUCGUCCUCACCCACGGCGACCUCUUCCCUCGCAACCUCCUCAUCCGCGACGGCCAUCUCGCCGCCAUCGUCGACUGGGAGCUCGCUGGGUGGUGGCCGGAGGAGUUGGAGGCUGCGAUCGUCUUGAAGGGACUCCAGGGUCGCCCGCCAGACAUGGCUGCGGCGGACGACGAAGUCGCAGCCUGUUGGUUCAUCGCCGACUGCAUUGAUCGCGCGAGGCCCGGCGACGAGGGGGAUGUUAGCGAGCAGUCGCGCCGACGGGAGUGGGCCAAGUUCCUGCUUCAUCCGAGCCUGUAA